AUUACACGAUCAUUAAAAGUGUCAUUACUAAAAAGUAUAUACAUUCUAAGAAACGCGUAAUGAUGAAUUACUUAUACAAAUUUGGAAUGUCUUUAGUUCAGUAGUCUUUAAAAAUGACAUUAAUAACUCUCGUGCAAGGGCCGCUUAUGAUUGUAUAGUUGGAAUUGUUUUGUGCAAAUUAUUGUUCGGUAAGAAAUGAGAACAGCUUUAAUGGUAGCAGAAAAACCAUCUCUUGCAGCAUCGCUAGCAUCAAUUCUAAGUAAUGGAAAGUGUUCAUCAAGGAAAGGAUCUAACAAUGCUUGUUCCAUACAUGAGUGGGUUGGAUCUUUUCACGGCGAACAAACAAGAUUCAAAAUGACCUCCGUUUGUGGUCACAUCAUGGGUUUGGAAUUUGUCGGUAAGUUCAACUCAUGGGACAAAGUUGAUCCCGUCGAAUUGUUUUCUUGUCCCACGGAGAAAAAGGAGUCGACCCCAAAUCUUCGAAUGUCUCAUUUUUUGAAUCAGGAAGCUAAAGGCUGCGAAUAUUUAAUUCUUUGGCUUGAUUGCGAUAAAGAAGGAGAGAACAUCUGCUUUGAAGUGAUGUCUGCUGUUUCCGGUAGUAUUCGCAAUGUAUUUUGCGAUCGAGUUACGUAUCGUGCCAAGUUUUCUGCCAUCACAGAUAAGGACAUCAAAUAUGCGAUGGGAAAUUUAAUUCAUCCAAAUGAAAAUGAAGCUAAAUCUGUCGACGCUCGCCAGGAGUUGGAUCUUCGAAUUGGAUGUGCUUUUACUAGAUUUCAGACAAAGUUCUUUCAGGGAAAAUAUGCAGAUCUGGAUGCGUCUUUAAUAUCGUAUGGGCCAUGUCAGACACCAACACUCGGAUUUUGCGUUCAACGGCACGAUGAAAUACAAACUUUCAAACCUGAAACUUUUUGGUAUGUACAGGUAACGGUUGGUGAAAAUCCAGAGAUGAAACUCGAUUGGAUUCGAGUUCGGAUAUUUGAAAAGGAGGUAGCUUGCAUGUUUUUAAACAAAGUCAAGGACCACAAGGAAGCUUUCGUUGAAAAUAUUACAUCCAGAGAAACGUUCCGUGGGCGACCGCUUGCGUUAAAUACUGUUGAAUUAAUGAGAGCUGCCAGUGCCGGUUUGGGUAUAGGACCACAUUCUGCGAUGCAAAUUGCUGAGAAAUUAUAUACACGUGGUUAUAUAAGUUACCCACGCACAGAAACAACUCAAUAUCCGACUAACUUUGAUAUAACAGGAGUUGUAAAAUUUUUGCAAUCAUCUGCCGAGUUCGGUGACGAGGCCAAAAGUAUUCUUCAUGACAUUAAUUCGCCGCGCAAAGGAAAUGAUGCUGGUGAUCAUCCUCCGAUUACACCAAUGAAGCUAGCAUCUCGAAAUGAACUUGAUGGUGAUACUUGGCGUGUUUACGAUUAUAUUUGUCGACAUUUUCUUGGAACGGUGUCUCAUGAUCUCAAGUACCGCCUCACUACUACUAAAUUUAAAAUAGGAACUGAACAGUUCACAAACACGUCCAGCGUUUUGAUUGAUCCUGGGUUUACGAAAGUGAUGACAUGGCAGGCCAUGGGAAAGAACGAAAUCAUCAAUCCAUUUAGUUUAAACGAAAAAGUGAAAAUAAAUGACAUCCGCCUUGUCGAAAGCCAAACCGCCCCCCCCGAUUAUCUUACAGAAUCAGAGCUUAUUUCGUUGAUGGAAAAACAUGGCAUCGGAACGGAUGCAUCUAUUCCUGUACACAUUAACAAUAUCUGCCAGCGGAAUUAUGUCACUAUUGGAGGAGGUCGCACAUUGACUCCAACCAAUCUAGGAAUUGUUCUAGUUCAUGGAUAUCAAAAGAUCGAUCCUGAGCUUGUACUUCCCACUAUGCGAUCAGCAGUAGAGCAACAGUUAAAUUUAAUUGCACAUGGUUCAGCGGAUUAUCGACUAGUUCUAAAACAUGCAGUGGAAAUAUUUCGCCUCAAAUUUCUGUAUUUUGUGCAAAAUAUAAGCAAUAUGGACAUUCUAUUUGAAGCCACCUUUUCAUCUCUUUGUUCUGCUGGGAAAGCAUUAUCGCGUUGUGGAAAAUGUCGUCGUUACAUGAAGUAUAUUCAGUCGAAGCCUUCCAGGUUACAUUGUUCACAAUGUGACGAAACAUACACGAUGCCUAUAAAGGGAGUUAUACGUGUUUAUCGAGAGCUUAAAUGUCCAUUAGACGAUUUUGAACUACUUGCAUGGUCUAAUGGUGCAAAAGGGAAAUCAUAUCCCUUGUGUCCAUAUUGUUACAACCAUCCUCCAUUCAGAGAUAUGCAAAAAAAUUCUGGUUGUAAUAGUUGUCCUCAUCCAACUUGCGCUCACUCACUAUUCAGUUUAGGUGUGUCCAGUUGUAUCGAAUGCGAUAGAGGCGUGCUUGCAUUAGACUGUACCAUGUCCCCAAAAAGUUGGAAAUUAGUUUGUAAUUCUUGUGAUAUCAUCAUCAACUGUUUCGACGACGCAAUUAAAGUUAAUAUCGAAGCUGAUUCAUGUGAAGAAUGUGGAGCACAAUUAGUGACUGUUAUUUACAAGUCUGAAAAGUCCCCAUUUAAAGACGAUAAAACGGAAAAGAAAGGUUGCAUUUUUUGCUUGCCGGAUUUUGUUCCUUUGGUUGAAAAGCAUAAAGCAGUUGAAAUGCGUCGUAUCCAAGGAGGACGAGGAAGGGGUCGUAGCGUUCGGGGACGAGGAGGUAAAAACAGUCGAGGCCGCAAUAAACCUCCAAAGGAUAAAAUGGCACAACUUGCUGCAUAUUUUGUGUAAAACUUAGUGAAAAAGGCUUGGCUAAAUUAGCAGUGGCGUCUCGUGACAAAGUUUACGGGUUAUGCACUACUUAUUUGGUAUGAUAUCAGAUGUAACAGUUCAUUGUAAGUGGAAACUAAAGAUUGAGGAAUGGA